AUGGGGAAGGGAAAGAAUAAAUCAAAUGAAGAUAGACCAAACAAGAGUCGAACUUCAAAUGGCCACAAAUCAAAGCAACACCAUAUACGAAAGGGCAAACAAGAAGUAGCAGCAUCAUCGCUAAACCCUCUUCCUGUACCCAGUUCAUCGCUAACAGGUUCGCCCGAUGCCAUAGCUCAACCACCACAAUCAAAACACAAAUUCCCUACCAAGUUAGCAAUGUGGGACUUUGACCACUGUGAUCCCAAACGAUGCAGUGGAAAGAAGCUUGAACGAUUAGGGCUUAUAAAGAAUCUCCGUGUGGGUCAGAAAUUUCAAGGUGUUGUUGUGAGUCCCAAUGGUAAAUCGACCGUUUGUCCUAAUGAUGUGGAAAUAGUUGAAGAAAACGGAGCGGCAGUGGUUGAAUGUUCAUGGGCAAGAUUAGACGAGGUGCCCUUUGGCAAAAUCGGCGGUAAGCAUGAACGUCUUUUGCCGUACUUGGUGGCUGCUAAUCCUGUCAAUUAUGGCCGUCCGUGGAAAUUAAAUUGUGUUGAGGCUCUAGCUGCUUGUUUUGCCAUUGUUGGCCACUUGGACUGGGCUGAGCUAUUGCUUGAGAAUUUUUCUUGGGGAUUGACAUUUUUGAAAAUCAAUGAAGAGUUGUUGCAAGUGUAUCAGCAAUGUACUGAUUCAGAGUCGGUGUUGAAGGCCCAGGAUGAGUGGUUGGAUAAGAUUGAAAAGGAGGCGAAGGAGAGAAAGGCACAGGGGCAGAGUGAGGAUAUAUGGAUGAUGGGGAAUGUGAAUAGAAACAACAAUGGAUUGGAUGACGAAGAAGAUGAAGAUGAAGAGAAUGAGUCAGAGGAGGAGGAAGUAGUGGAGUAUGAUAAUUUGGGCAACGUGAUUUUGAGAAAGAAAGUCGAUGCUCUAGGGAACAUUAUAGACGAUACGAAUGAUGUGGGUGAAGUUGAGUACGAUGCAUUGGGCAAUAUUGUACUGGGUCAAAAAAGAGAUGAAAAUGACACCGAGUCCGAUGAAGAGAUUGUUUACGAUAAAUUGGGGAACAUUGUCACCAAGAACGAACUACCCAACAUGUUAAACUCAUUAAGUAUAUAG